UUGAGAGCGCCUGAAACAUACCAUAACAUUUGUUACUUACAUUAUAUCUUUCAUGGCCUUUCAUCCAAUAUGCUCAUUAUAACUUUGCUUAUCAGUGAUUAUUCUACUUCCAGAACUCUAUACUUCGUUCUCAGGCAAACUCUCUGACUGGUUGUUCAAGCUCCAGGAUGGUUCAUCAGUUUGUGAAUAUGGGUUUUUCUGAGAAGCUGGUGAUGCAAGCAAUUGACGAAAAUGGUGAAGAUGAAGCAUCUAUUUUGGAUUCUCUUCUUACAUAUUCUCUAAGAAAGGAGGAUUUUCCUUGUAAAAAGAGGAAACUUCAUCAAAAUCGAAGUUCAAAAAGCCAAGAGAGCAAAAGGAAGGCGAAGAAUUUUCUGGAACGAAAUGGAAGGACUCUUCAUCUACCUAAUCCAAUGAUCGGAUUUGGAAUUCCACAUGAGCCAUGGAAAAUAACGGAGAGAAAGCUCCAUCCGAUAGCUGUUGGUCCCCCGUACUUUUAUUAUGAAAAUGCGGCUCUUACUCCUAAGGGUGUAUGGAGUAAAAUUUCUAGCUUUCUUUAUGAUAUUCAACCUGAAUUUGUUGAUUCUAUAUAUUUUUGUGCUGCUGCCAGAAAAAGAGGUUAUGUACAUAACCUUCCAAUUCAAAACCGAUUUCCUCUUUUGCCAAGACCACCACUCACCAUACAUGAGGUCUUACCUUCAACUGAAAAAUGGUGGCCUUCGUGGGACAAGAGAACAAAGCUGAAUUGCCUUUUGACUUCCUAUGGAAAUGCCAAACUUACAGAAUGCAUAAGGAAGGCACUUGAAGAUUGUGACGGUGAGCCUACACUAAGAGCCAAAAAGUACGUUCUUGAGCAAUGCAAGAGAUGGAAUCUAGUUUGGGUUGGAAAAAACAAAGUUGCACCUCUUGAACCUGAUGAGAUGGAGAUGUUGCUCGGAUUUCCAAAGGACCACACCAGGGGUGGCGGAAUUAAUAGGAAUGACAGAUAUAAAGCACUUGGAAACUCUUUUCAGGUUGACACGGUUGCUUACCAUCUUUCGGUAUUGAAGAAUCUGUUUCCUUAUGGGAUUACUGUCCUCUCACUUUUCUCUGGCAUUGGUGGAGCUGAAGUAGCCUUGCAUAGACUUGGGAUACCGCUAAACAGUGUUGUUUCUGUUGAAAUUUCAGAAGUGAACAGAAACAUUCCACGAAGUUGGUGGGAGCAAACAAACCAGAAAGGGUAUCUUAUAGAAAUUGGAGAUGUCAGAGAAGUUGAUGGUGAUAGCAUAAAAAGGUGGAUCAAAUUAUUUGGUGGAUUCGAUCUUGUGAUUGGUGGGAGUCCGUGCAACAACCUUGCUGGUGCCAAUAGACGCAACAGAGAUGGACUUGAGGGUGAACAAUCUUCUCUGUUCUAUGACUACUACAGAAUUCUAAAACUUGUUAGGGAUACUUUUGGUGAGAUAAUGGAUAGUGAAAUCCUCAACAGGUACACCGACUGCAUAUAGAAGUUUGCUUUUGGCUGACAUUUUGAGUCUGUAAUCUUUGGAUUAGGAUCCUUUCUUAUCCUGAUUUAUAAUCAUUAUCAUUGUAUUCUACUCAAAUAGUUGAAAUUUUAUCAAAACAAGUAACUUAAAUCUUAUGUAAUAGGUGCUUAUUUAUUGAAUAAUAAAAUUUUAACCAUUAAAUUUAAACUGAAUGGUCAAGAUUGUACUAACAUGACUUAUCAUGUUAUCUAAAAUAUAAGAGGAUCUCAAUCCAUGUUUUUUAUUUUUCUUUUGAGCAUAUUUCUAUACAUUCUAAAAUGACAAUUCCAAAGAUAAC